AUGGAAGACCCAUCGGAAAACCCACCGGAAAAUCCUAACCAGCUUAUUUCUAAGGAACAUAUGCAACAACUGUUUCAAAUGUUUCAAACACUCAACAAAAAUUCAACCAACAUCGAACCAGGGACUUCACAAACAGUGCGAGUCGCGGAAAAAUUGAACUUUACCAAUUACACCAAAUGGUGUAAACUGAUGCAGAUAGCAAUUGGUGGCCGGGGAAGGCUCAAUCACAUCAUCGUCAACCCCAUUUCACCAGACGAUCCAGGAUACCAGCAAUGGGCUCAAAAAGAUUCGAUGGUCCUUUCGUGGAUCAUCGAGAAUAUUGACGGAGAUCUCGUGAAUCAGUUCUUGGACUACAAAACUGCCCGAGAUUUAUGGAAAGGCAUCGAAACUCUACUCAGUAGCGGUAGAGAUGAAUUGCAGAUCUAUGAUCUGAACACAAAGGCAACCUCUAUGAAACAAGGGAUAGACACGAUAGAGGUGUAUUUUAGCAAAUUAAAUACCAUCUGGAAAGAAAUCGAUAGACGAAUGCCGAACCCAAUGAAAUGUGCAGAAGACAUCACACUGUUCAACUCGUUUAUACAACGACAAAGGCUGUACCAGUUUCUGGCUGGUGUGAAUGAUUCACUUGACAAAGAAAAAUGA